GCGGGCAGCCGCCGGCGGGCAGCGAGCGGCUGGCCACGUGACAGAGCGCACCGCACCGCGGACGGUGCUGCGGAGCCGCGGCCGCCGCGCCGCUUCCCGCUACCCCCCCAGCUCGUUCUCUUCUCGCUCCUCUCCGCCCGCCUCCGCCUCCUCGCUCUCCUCCCUGCCCGCGGGGCACGGGAGCCGGUGACGGGAGCGAGGCGGAGUCUGGAGGGAAGAUACCGAGAGAUAGAGAUUUAAAUCACAUCUCCGGGUGUAGAAGGGCAGCAGCAGCAGCAGCCCCGGCCCAGAGGGACGGACACAAGAGCCGAGAUAGGUCUGCCGGCUCCGCCGCUGCUGCUGCUGCUCACUAUGGGUGCCGCCGCCGCCGAACCCCCCCGCGCUAUGGGCUUGGUGUCCAGUGUGGUGAACGAUACCCUCGAGUUCUACCGCUGGACCUGGAGCAUCCGAGACAAACGCGUUGAUGACUGGCCCUUGAUGCAGUCUCCAUUUCCAACACUGACUAUAAGCACUAUUUAUCUCCUCACUGUAUGGCUGGGCCCCAAAUGGAUGAAGACAAGAGAGCCCUUCCAGUUACGUUUCCUGUUGGUUGUUUACAACUUUGGAAUGGUUCUACUGAACUUCUUCAUUUUCAAAGAGCUGUUUUUGUCAUCAAGAGCUCGAGGGUACAGCUAUGUCUGCCAGUCUGUGGAUUAUUCAGAUAAUGUUUAUGAAGUUAGGAUAGCUGCUGCUUUAUGGUGGUAUUAUGUCUCUAAAGGAAUUGAAUAUCUGGAUACAGUAUUCUUCAUCCUGAGGAAGAAAUUUAACCAAAUUAGUUUUCUUCAUGUCUAUCACCAUUUCACCAUGUUCACCUUAUGGUGGAUUGGUAUUAAGUGGGUUGCAGGUGGACAAGCUUUUUUCGGCGCUCAGAUGAAUGCAUUUAUCCAUGUCAUUAUGUACAUGUAUUAUGGAUUAGCUGCCUGUGGCCCUAAAUUUCAGAAAUACCUGUGGUGGAAACGAUACUUGACCAUACUGCAAUUGGUGCAGUUCCAUGUGACUAUUGGCCACACAGCAUUGUCUAUUUAUAUUGAUUGUCCUUUCCCUAAAUGGAUGCACUGGGGUGUCAUUUUCUAUGCUGUCACCUUCAUUUUCUUGUUUGGUAACUUCUACUAUCGGACAUAUAAGCUGCCCAAGGAACCUGUUAAGAAUGGCAAAAUAGCAAAUGGUGCUGUUGCAAAUGGAGUAAGCAAACCAGAAAAUAAUGCAGUAGUGGAAAAUGGAAAAAGGCAGAAAAAGGGAAAAGCAAAAGGAGAGUAACUUGAUCCAGGCCUUAACCGUUGUUGGCAGUGAGAAACCUCAAGUUUGGCUUACAAAAGGAAGAAAAGAAACCCACUAUGUGUACCAAUUAACCUUAGGUUACUGAAGAGCUAGAACACAGAUAUUUUCAUUAUUUAUGAAGAUUGUUUUACGAACAACACUAAGUUGAAUUUCUAUUGUUAUGUAAUUACCGUACAUAUGGUCUCUGUGUAAACUUGUAGACUGCUGGUGUUGGUGAAUGUAAGGAAGAAUUGCAGCUGAUUCCAUGUUUAGCAGUCCAAAAGUUAAUGCUACCACUGAUACAAGAAGUUUUGUUGGCACCCACAUUUCUUUGGGCUAUGAGGAAGGAAGUAGCAUUUGGAUAAUUGUGUUUUCUUUCCAGAAAAUCAUUAAAUUUCAAACUAUGACAUAUUAUCUAAUCGGAAUGUGCAACUUUUCUUGUUCUCCUUGCAGAGGAUCUUCAGACACCUUAUGUUUUUGUGCUGUCACAACAGUGUUUGACUUUACAGACAUUACUUGAUUUAAUUGAGUGUCUGUUACAGUUUGGGUUGGGGUUUUGGGGGUUUUUUUGUUUGUUUGUUUGUUUGUUUUCUUGUAUGGAAAUAUACCUACCUCUUCAUCUUCUGAAAAGAAUACUGAGCAUUAAAUAAUUGGUUUCUGAAAUAUGGAGUCCUCCUGUUACCGCUAAUUCAGGAGAAAAUAUUAUUUCCUGUGGGAGUAAAAGAGAUUUUGGUGGUGGUGGUUUUCUUGGUCAAGUCAUCAAUAGUCUUUUUCAAUGUAAAUUUAAACUUUGGAGUGCUACUUUUGGUAUAGAUGAGUGAAUAAAAAACAUUUUAAGAAUGCACAAAUAUGAAACAACACAUUGUUUGAAGUAAAGGUAGGCCUGCUACUGCUGCAUGACCUGCACUACACCUGUGGUGCUGAGCGAUGCUGGAAAUGGGAAGGUGAUUUUAUGGUGGAGAGGAAACAAAGAUGCACAGUUCCAUGAGGAGAUGCUCUCUGUGCGAGCAGUCAGGCUGACUAUGAGACAGUCACUUUACUGGAAGAGAGUCUAGAACUGUACAAUACAGGAAGCAAUGUUGGAAAUGCAGCUGCUGCUUGGCUCCCAUUAAAAUGCUUUCUUUAGAUACUUGCAGGCAGAGUAUAGCUAACUAGUCUGGGCACCCUUUCAAUGUGAAUGUCAGAGAUGAGCUUCUGAAACUACUCCCAAAAUACUCUCAGCUGAUUUUGACCCUGUUGGCAAAGUAAGUCUGCAGUCAAAACUGCAAAAAUAAGUAGAAGCCUUUUAGACAGCUUUUUAUCUUAGGUAGUAUGCUGAUGGACUUGUUCUUCACAAAAGGUGAAAUAAAAUAAGCAGAGCUUAUUCUCCUUCCAAAUAAGGUGAUUAUUAAGAGAUGUUUUGAGCUGCUCAGCAUGCAAUGAGUUUAAGAAGGGGGUGGAACUAGAAACUGUAUCCUGUAUGUUCAUCACCACAAGAGCUGCAUUGUUGCUGUCCGCAUGCAUUCCUCCCAGCUCUGGUCAAAAAUAUCGUGAUAUUUAGUGAUAAACUCAUCUGGCAAGUGACACCAUUGUUGCAGGAAAAGAAAUACAGGGAACUGUAGGUGUAAAGCCUGUGGCGUUUAUUAGUUUCUGUAUCUGGAUGAUCCACUUGUCCAUUUACAACACACAAACAGGUCACGUCUCCUGUGUCACAGGAUUGUCUCUUGUGUCUAUACAAAAAGCCUGUCUAAACCCAAAAGACAGGUUCUAGGGACAAAAAUGGUUGAAUAUAGUCUGUUGUAGUCGGAAAUAAUUCUGGAGCUGAUUCAGCUGGAAGGUAGUCCAUGCAUAAUCUCCACCACUGUGGGGUUUAUGGCAGAAUAUAGGAUUGGGAGUGUCUCUGCUGAACUGUAAUGCAUGUGACCAUUAAGUUUCCUAUCUGCUGUGUCUUGUGAUUCUUCCAGCCUUGGUGUGGCUGCUUUUUGCAUUUGCAUAACUCUAUGUACUUAUGUAGUGUGGCAUGGGGAACAGGGGUAGUGGUCUACCCUUCUUUCCUGGACAAAUGCCAUUAUCCUUAACCAAGCCAAAAUGCUGGCUGACGUGGGUAACUUUGGAAUGGUUAGAGGAGCAAAUAGCUACAAAGCAAACUAGCAGAUUUACAGCACAGCUGCUCCUCUGAGGUAGUGGCUAGUGUGAAUACCAGUACCCUACUGUAAAUUCAAGGCAGCUUACCUCACUUUGAUUAAAGGCUGGCCUCUUUCUCCUUGCCACAGGAUGUGGGCAGCUAAUGCCAGUCUGUGUUGUUCCCUAUGCUAAAUUGAUUGUUUGCGCUUUCUUUCUGUAAGCCAGAUCAGAUGAGCGGAUGCUCUUAAUGUGAUCUAGUGCUGAAAGAGCAGAUUGAGAAGUAUUCCAGGUUCAAUUAUGUCUUGGUACACAUUGUAAAGUAAAGAUUACAUCCUGCAUGUUGGCAAAUAUUUAAAUAUCUGAAAGUCAGAUCUUUUCUCCCCUCGCCAUGCAUGGAAGCUGCUUGAAGUUGAUAACAGCUUGACCCUUAUUGUCGGGAUUCAAGUAGAAUCCUACCCUCAGGCUCUGGGGUACUUGGUAACUUUUCAGAAAAAGUGAAGGUGCAUUAUGAGAGUGCAUCUUUUUUGGCCCUGUGGGUAAGACCAGUUUGAGAGACUGGUCUUUCAUGGGAAAAGAAAAAUCAGUUAUUAAUUUGCUGGAACAUGCUGCUUUGAUUCAUCUUCUGCAACAUGGCUUUCCUGUUUUUAUGAUAUGUUUGAUUUGUGUGACUCGACUCCCAUUAUGAUCUUGAAUAUAAUGGCCUUACUGAAUGUGCAUUUUUCUAGGCAUAAUCCUGAGUGCAAUACUUCUGUUUCUUGACUAUGCAGCCAGACUCACAGCAUUCAGGGCUGAGCUUACACAGCUUUUUUUAAAAAUCUGAAGCAAUGAUGCACAUGUGAAAUACUGCCAGAUUCAUUAGAGCCAUCACUGAGUCCAAGACCUCUCUGAAUUUUGCUGUGAAAGUAAAAGAAUGUGUAUAUAUAAACGAGUUUGGUAUACAAAGGACUGAAAGUUAAAUUCUAGAGUCUACUUUGCUUUGGUUUUGGGAUUUUUUGGUUGGUUUGAUUUGUUGUUGUGUUUUUUUUUCCUAAAUGCUUCCAAUGUAUUUAAAAGUUAAACUCAAACCAUUUGGAACAUUACUUUUUUGCCAUUCAAAGAUGCUUUUUUUCCUGACAAUUCUUAAGCUCUUGGACCAGAGUCUCAUGUAAUUAAUUGAUGCCAUAUAAGUAAUGCCAUUUCACUUAGCCUCGUCUCUAGCAAUGACAGUUGUUGGGUUCUUUUAGCACUUUGUCUGUGUAAAAUAACUAGAUCCCCUGUGUGCAGAGAUGUGUGUGUACACCUACAUGGUAUAUGAGUGUGUGUAAGAUGUUUCUUAGCAGAUUCUUUCAAUAUGUGAAGUAAAUUCUGUUUCUUUAAUGUAAAGAUGACAGGAGCUGAUAGAACAGUUUCUACAUCUCAAGCACUUGUCAUUGAUCCAUAGACCCAAUGGCAGUCUUGCAGACAUAAAUAGUAUUUGUCAGUCAUUUUAGACAUAAGAUGGCAGACAGGACAGAGCCGUUUCUCCCACUGAGGCAUCAGAGAUUCUGAAGGGAAGAACCUCAACUCAGAGGAGCUGAGGAAUUUGACUCUUUUGUAGUAGGGAUCAUUUUAGGACAUGGUGUAACUUGCUCCAUCUAAGUCAUUUAAUCAGAUUCUCUCUUCAGCAAAACACUUGUACAGAGAAAUAUUUAUUUACUGGAAUUUCAAAAGCACGGCCCAUUUGAUUAUAUGACCACUAACUACUUUCAGCUUCAGAUCAGGAGGAAAAGAUGAAGGCAAAAUAAAAAUGCCCCACAUUUUUCAGGUUAAUCUUGGGCCAGGUUUCUUCAGAGUAAGCAUUUGAGUGCCAUAUACUGGGGAGGCAGGUAAGAAAGGAGUAAAUAGCUAUUGUGCUGAAAGGUCUCACUCCUAAAACAGCUUAGGAGCACACUUUAUCUCUUAUAAACUUGAGAAAAUUAUUCAUGGUGCAUAGACUUAAACCUUACGUGGAGUUAGUAUGGGAGUCGCAAUGUUUAACUAGGUGUUUAAAUUUAGAUCUGUUCCACUUAAAACUGAAGAGACCGAGGCGCUUAGGAAGCAUGUAGACAGCGCCUUUACCUUGGCUGAAAGCGCAGGCUAAUCCAGCCUGGCACCUGGAGUGAGUCGCCCACGUGGCGUGCGGUGCGAUCUGGUGAGUCGGCCUCUCUGCUCACGUAAGCAGUUGAAGCUCCGUGGAACUCGGUGGGGUGUUUCCCUCUUACCUCAGCAGAGGACACUGAACCCUAAAGAAGAGAGAAAAGACUUGCUUUCUGCCAGUACCCCAAGAGGAUGAGGGAAGUGCAUGGUUCAAGAUGCUGCUUUUGCGUGAAGUGUUCAUGACUUUGGAAACAAUAAAGCGCUGCUGUUUUUUUAUGUUGUUUGAGUUUGGGUUUAUGUAUUCUUAUCCGUGCGGAAAGUUCUGCUGUGUGCCACCUUUGAGAUGCUUGCUGAUUUUAGUGUUGUGUAGGUUGUGUUGAUGUCACCUGUUACAGAGCCCAAAAGUUUGAGGGAAACCUUUUUGUGUCCCGCCCUCCCAUUUUACGGUGAUGGGGACUUUCUAAUCUUGUGUAUUGCCCCAAAAUGGCAGUCUAGUGGCUUUCAUAGAAUGAAGCAGGAUGGAAGAGACCUCCAAGAUCAUCCAGUCCAACCUAGCACCCAGCCCUGUCCAAUCAACCAGACCAUGGCACUAAGUGCCCCAGCCAGGCUUGGCUGCAACACCUUCAGGGAUGGUGACUUUUGGAAUUGUUUGAAAAUAGUAUGUGCACUUAAAAAGCAAGUCACCUGGAAUGUACUUUGGCUCUACAGCGAGUGCAUCGGCAUCAGAUCUGGCCCAAAUGCCAUCUGAAGGGUAGGAUCAACUAAAAGUGUCAAAUGGAGUUGUUCUUCUCUUCCAGUACAGCUUGUUCCUUGGAUAUGCAGGAGAGGGAGGGAAUGAUCAACAAUGUGGAAAAAACUGUUGUAAUGCAUAAAACUAAUGGUUCUAGCUAAGAAACCUUCUCAAUCAACCUUCUGUUUUGAGAAGGUGGUGGUAAGAGGUUGCAUACUGUACUCAAGGCAUUAGAUUGUUUGGUCUUGGAAGUAUUAACAAUUAGUGAUGUGGUUUGGCUUUUGCUGGGCACUGCACUGUGUUCAUGUGAUCAUCUUGUCCCAGAGAAUCUAGAGCUCUUUUGACAGCGAGUGUAAUCCUGUAAACAGUAAGGAACCGUCGUAGUCCACCAACUAUGAUCUCUGUGUUACACUAUUGAACUGCGCCCAUGUUGCCCUUCUAGCAUUUAGGUGCAAAUCGCUAUUCCAGGUGUCGGGUAGCAGAGAGCCAUGUCUGCCUUCACAGCAAAAUAUGGUGGAGUCGGUUACCUCUUGUAUAAUUCACAGCUGUUGCUUCAAUCCAUUGCUUGCACCUUCCCUGGAAUCAAAACAUUUUCUAGGUAUGCAAAGCAGGAUUUGUCCCUUGUAUGAUCAGCAUAUGCUAGUGGUAGGCACUCUGUUCAGGAAUCUUUUCCAUAGAGCUUAUUCCCCAGCAGGAAUUACCAAUAAGCAUACAUGAUAGAGCUAGAUUCAUCAGAUGAUUGCUUAGUGCAGACUGGAUCAUCUAGUUUCCAUGUUUGGUUUUGUUUAUUGUAUCACUUGCUUUUCAAGUGGGGUUGCAGGAAGGGUUUUGUUACCUGUUUGCUUGCUCAGCUGAAAGCUCUGGGGUUGCCACAAAACAGUAGGUGAAUGUAGGCUAUAGUCUUGAGAGGUGAAGGAAGCAUGGACUCCAUUUGGAAGGCAGUGCUUGCUAUGGACUAGUGCCUUUCAGUGAGGGGUUUUUUUUGUGCUUGAGACUUCUAGGGAGCCUGAAGAAUUCACACACAAUUUUCUAUUGAUUGCCUGAUGCAUCACUGGUAUCACAUUUGACUUAAUUUACAAAGAUUCUUAUUGGCAGGCCAGGUUGUGGCUCUUUUGAUCGUUGCGGUGCCAGUUGUCCAGGGCCUGAUUAGCGUGCGCUGGUCUGAUGGUAUAAAAACAGUGUUGAUGGUUCCUGCAGGAGCACUGUAUGGUCAGUGCAGCAUUGAGGAGGGGGGCAAGCUGCUUGCAUUUUGAUUCUGGAUGUGGGAAUUGAUUAUCUGUCAAGGAUCUGGUAGGUUGUAGUCAGCUGAAUGAGAAGAAAUCUUUGGUUCUUUAAAUUGUUCCAAAAUAAGUGUUGUCUGUUCUUAUCUUCAGAUUGAGAAUUGUUGUUCUUGCAGUGGGACCAUCUUAAUUUGCUUCACGAGAAAUCCACCUUUAUGCUGGUAUCCUUUGGAAUGUGUUUAUGAGAGGAAAAAUAAAGAAAUACAAGAAAAAUACAUGGGCCACAAGCUAGAGUACGUGGAAUAGUCACUCCUAAUUUUUGCCUUUGCUUUUAGAUAUUGUAGGAGUUAAAUAACUGCUUUUGCUGCUGUGUCUUUAUUCUUUAUGGAUACUGUAACUGCACGAGGAGUGUGCUUGUGGAUAAGUAUGUUCUGAAGUACAUUAAAAUGUUUUUAUCUGAAAUUACAAUAAAAAGAUCAAUUUAUCUGACCACUAAUGCUUGUAGUGGAAACAAUGACAAACACUGUAGCCCUGCAUUGGCAGGACUCACCAAUAAUUAAUAUUUACUCUUAUUUUCUGAUUAAUAAUCUUCAGAGCUUCUGAGGUGUUUCUUGCAAUGGCUCAAAGCUCUGUGAAGAUGCAAAUUGCUAUAUAAUUGCUAAAAAGCUAUUUGGCAGAGCUUCCAUUACUGCUUUGUUUCUUUUGUGUUAAUGUGUCUUCAGGUGCUUGCUUACUAAAUUAUUCCAGAAGACGAUGUACUUCAUAAAAAGAUCUUCUAGUUCUGAGUAAAAUGUUCAAAUGGACUCUGGGAUGUUGAACAAUCAAGGGUUUCAAGUUCAUGGCAUUGCUUAGUACACUGCCUUCGCCUCAAAUGCUGCCCCUGGGUACAGGGAACAGCAAUCUGGGCCCAUCCAGUUCAUUAUGAAUUUUCUUUACUGGGAAGCAGAUUCUUACCUGGGAUUUGGUACCUAACCUAGUUUCCACAUAUUGGCAGAAGGGGCAGGAGAAGUCCUUGGGCUGGAGUCAGUCUGCUCUCAAAUUGCAAACUUGGUAGGAGGUGUAUGAACUCUUUCUGUUGGCAACUUGAGGUGCAGAGUUUGAAGGAACUGUGGCUUGGGAUUCAGUACUUAAGAGCCUAGCAUGCUUUUCAGUUCUUAGUUGCUUGACAUAAAUUACAUGUGCUGGAAAUACUCCACUUAAAUAGAGAAAAAGAAGCCAAAACAAUAAGGAAAAUCUUUUUAGAACUGAUUCAGAAAAAGAGGCUUAGUGCAGUAGCUUUUUGUUUUUGCUCCAAACUUCCCCUUCUCCCACCCCUUUCCUCUCUUUAACCAGUGUGCAUGCAUCUCUACUCUGCUCUAUUAGAGUGGCUCCUUGGAUGAGAUGUGUUCAGGACAUUAUUUACUGCUGUGAUUUGUCACUGGAAUGUUUGGAGUGACUUCUCUUAUGACAUGGAAUGCCAAACAGCAGCAGGUUGAGUAGCAUGUAAUGCUCUCAAAUCAUCGCUACAAACCUGGGUUUUCUGGAUACAAGCUGGAAAGAGGUGGGGGGGAGGGGUGUGUGGAAUGAAAAGAACAGCUUCUAUUAAUUUUUGUCUUCCUGCUUAACAAAUACAGGGACAAACUCCAGUUCUGUGUUCUAUGAUGCAAAGGUGUAUUGUAUGCCCAUAACCAGAGCUUAUGGCUGCAAGAAAUGGAGAGUUUACUGGGCUACAAAAUGACUUUGUUAGAGAUUUUGUACUGAGCUAUUCUCUUUCUGUGAGCAGAGUUUAAUAGAGUUUAAUUAAAAAAAAUGAUUUUUUAUAUAACUCUGACUUUUGGGGUGUGGUUUUUUUUAUUAUUUCAAAGUCAGGUAACUAGCACAAAUAGUUGGCUUGCAUGAGUAAAAAUUCUUAUCCCAAUUUUUUUGGUGCGCUCUAGAUGAAGUGUCACUGAUUUCAGUGAGAAUUUGCGCUAGAUAAGGACACUCUGUGAUGUUUAACGGAAUGUGUAGGAGUUCACUUACCUAGACUUUACAUUGCACACUAAGAUAUUCACAGAAUAAUAGAAAACUAAGUACCAAAAUAGAUUCUUUUUUAUUCUAUUUAGAUUUUUAUUGUGUGAAAACAAUGCAAUGAAGGUAUAAUUACUUAAGUAAGACUCUAGAAGUGGUAGUGUGUUUUGAGCUUAAAUGGUGUUUGCUGUAGGAGAUUCCUUACUGAGUAAAACCUGCUUUGUGCUGCAAACCAGUGCCAUGACCUUGUCCUUGCUUUCUGACACUUUCUGAAUCUGCUUUUGAUAAGGAAUCAGUUAUGAGAUUUUAUGUGCAAUGCUUGUUGCUGAAACUCUCCUGAAUGCCUGUUUGCAGCAGCACUAUUGAAUAUGCGUGUAAUACUGUAACAAAAAGCUGUUGGCAUAAACUGUCUUCCUUUCAGGUCUGUAACCCUCUUGGCUCUGGAAGUCAUUGUCUAAAGCCCACUGAAAGUACUGAUUUACUAAAAUCCUUGGACUGAACCAUUAGGAUGACAGUCUGAAUUCUAAAUUAAACAAGCCUGUGUGGUUUUGACCCCUGCUUCGUACUAGGAAAAGUAUGGUUCAGCUAAUUUUUGACACUUGUUUUAGGCAAUUUGUCGUUCUUUCAACACCUUGAGUCCCUGACUUAGUGAGCCUCUGGCUCACAAAGGCACUGGCUACCAAGGCACUGGGCUUUCAGCAGUUCAUUGCAAGAAGGUGGCUGCUCAACAGCUCUAGCAGGCGAUGUGUUAAAUAGAAGAAAUUAAUUUACUUUGUACUGUCUUUUGUUUGGAAUUUUAACAACUGACUGAGGCCUAAUUGGGUAUUUUGAUCUGGCCAAAAUAUUCUUGGUGGUUUUUUCACCUUAUUUUGCAAUGCAUCUUUUUUUUGUGGGAGUGCUGGGUUACAAAUAGGUAACUAAUUAAGCAUUAACUAAUAUGCAGUCUUAAAGUGGCUUUUCGGGUGUCCACCAAAAGCAAAUGCUGCUUUUUGAGGAUCUUUUUAACAGCAGUCAAAAACUACUCAAAGUUGUUUAGUUUUGGGGUAUUUCUACUGUAACAGGGAAUGGAAACCAAAGGAGAAAGCCAGCGGCUCACCUGGAAUGGCUGCCUUGCUGUAUACCUACAGGAGGUAAUGUAGGCUUACCAGUGGCUACAAGGCAAGGGCGAGAGAAGGCUGAACAAGUUUUGAGCGGGCAGCCUCCCUGCAGUGUGGUACCGUGCCUUAGCAAUCGCCUUGUCCCUCCUGGCGCUGCUGUAAAGGAAGGAGGUUAUUCAUACGACAGUAAAAAGCAGGGCAGGCACUUUGUGGUAGUGCUAGCUCUUUGUUAAUGCUUCUUCAGUUACAAGGUUAAAAAACCUAAACCCGAGAGGCUUACAGAGUGGUUGGAAUACUUGCCAGAGAACCAGAAACAAGACUUGCCAGAACUUUUGUAAGGAUGAUUCCUUUGCUCCUGCUCCUCCUGUAGCUGUGGCAGGCUCACACAAGGCUGCUGCUGUGUCUGCAGGCUCUGUACAGUACAUCUCGUGUUGAGAGGAUGAAAAUGAGGUCCCUGGUUACUGCUGCCUCGAUGGGCACAGUGGUAUGGAGGAACACCUAGAAUGGCAGAGCUUCUGCUCUCCUGCCCAGCCCCAGAGCAGCCUGAAUCUUCUCGUAUGGUGAAUAUUGUGCAACAUGUGAUUUGUACAAUCACAACCUUUGCAGUUUCUGAUCUGGGAUAAGAGACCAAACUAGCUUGUGCAGCAUUAAGUAGGCAUUUUGCUGAAUGUUGAAAACAAAUGCCAAAUCUUAUGCAUUAACUAAAAAAAAAAAAAAAAAAAAAAAAAAAAAAAAAAAAAAAAAGUUCAAUUUGGAAUGUAAUUAGCUUACAUCAUUUCAGUUUUAUGCAUAAGUGUUCUUUAACAAACAGCUGCAAAGUAGCCAUAUGGAAAUAUUCAUCAUGGGUUAAAAUAGAGCUAAAAUUCUGCUUUAAAAGCUUCUAGCACAACAGCAGUUGUGUUAACCAUAAAAUCAGUGUUUGCUUUUGUCUGUGUCUAAAUAAAUACAGCCAGACACCCUUGUGACUGAAAUUAGGACAUGCUUUUCACCUUUGUGUCUUGCAUUUAGUCUAUACAAGCUCUUUUCUGUAUUUCAGAUGUUAAGGAGGCUAUUCUGCUGUGGAUUGCUGCAGCUCUUGCAAAGUAAAUUGUAAAACCACUUACAUCUUCCUGGUGUAACUCCUGAGCAGUCCCAAAUACAUGUUUAAGUGUUAGUGUGAAAGCCUUUGCCAGCCACACAAGGGACAGCUCUUCAUUAGCUUUGCCUGUCUUUAGCUUUGCCACAAGAAGGUUUUCAUGGCAUCAUGAAACUGCUUUCUUUUGUCAGCACAUAGAGCCUGGUUUUGGGUGGUUUUACAUAUUUAUUUUGCCACCCUAUAUUAAAGACUAACAAUGUGAUUGUACCAAAGCCAGAAAUUAAAAGUUACAGAAUCUCUUCAGUUGAAAAAGACCUUGAUGUUCAUUGAGUGCAACUGGUGAGCUAACACCACCAUGGUUAUUAAACCAUGUCCCCAUGUGCUAUGUAUACAAACUUUUCAACACCUCCAGGGAUGAUGACUCCACCAUGUCCCUUGGCAACCUAUUCCAAGGCCUGACCGCUCUCUCAAUAAAUAUAUAUUUUUUUUUCCUAAUAUUGAAUCUAAACCUACUCUGGUGCAACCUGAGGCCAUUUCUUAUUCUAUCACUUGAUACUAACCCCCACCUCACUACAAUUGUUUUCAGGUAAUUGUAGAGAGCAGUGAGGUCUCCCCUCAGCCUCCUCUUCUGAAGACUAAACAAUCCCAGUUCCCUCACUCCUCAAAAGAUUUGUUCUCCAGACCUUUCACCGUGCCCUUAUCAUGGAUUUGUAGCAAAAAAUGCUACGAAUAGAAACUGACCCAAUCUUUGAAAUGACAGCAACAGCUGGAGGAUGAGACUGGUGGCUCCCCUGGAAAAGCUCAUCCCCACAGUAGGGUUCAAACCCUUCCCCACGUCUCCAAGGUGGGCAUACCUGCAGGGGUGGUAGCUCAGCUCCAACCCCUUCAUUUUCCCAGUUCCCAGUCUAACCCUCUGCUCAUACCCAUCGUUUAUGGACAGGAUUGGCCAUCCUAACUCCCACUACAGAAACGCUGGGUAAGGCAGGUAAAAGUGCCAAAACCUUGCCAAGCAACAAGGAAACGUGCAGGUUGGGUCUUGGUGUCACUUGGGCUGUGGCAGCAAAGCGUUGGCUGUGCUUGUCUGCUGCCAGCCCCGCGUUAUCUCCCCUACUAUCCUUCCCAUCAGCUCACUUCUCUCAGCUCUCCUGGUGAUUCAGUCCAUUAACUGGGUGGCAUAUUUUAUUGCAAACUUGAGCUAAUUAAUCACAUGCUCUUAGGAAAAAAAAAAACUGCAGGCCAGCUGUAGAGGGGAGUGGUGAUGCAAUGGAGGUGCAAAGACAAAAGCUGUCACUGCCGGAAAGGGAGAAAGGCUUAAGAAGCUCAGCCUAGCCAGAAGAGCUGCUUUGCCAGGCAGAGCGGUUGCUGGAGCCACUGCUCGACAGCUUGUGUUGCAGGGCUGCAGAGAUAGGGAGUUUCUUAGAACAGAAUCAUAGAAUUGUUUUGCUUGGAAAAGACUUUGAAGAUCAUCAAGUCCAACCAUCAACCUAGGACCAACAUGGUCAUUAAACCAUGUCCCCAUGUGCUCAUGUCCACAUGUUUCUUGAACACCUCCAGGGAUGGUGACUCCACCGCCUGCCUGGGCAAUCUAUUCCAAUGCCUGACCAUCUGUGCUCAUUAAGAAAACAGAACCAGUAAUGCUUUUUAGGCAAGAUGAUGAAGGUUCUUUGAAAGGGUGAGCAUCUGGGCUUGCUCAGAGGGAUAUGGCAGGAAAAACACUGAUGAGGAGGGCUACCACCAAGGGCUGGGAAGUGGAAGGGUUCUUGCUUAGACUUGUUCCUGUGCAGACCAAGGGCACCGCCAAAUCCUGUGUGCCGCUGUCCUGGUUUGAGACCUCUGGAAUGCAGUAAGAGAUAGCAGCUGUGAGGAGGAGUGGACAGGACAGAUGACCCUAAACCAACCAGAAGGGAUUCCAUCUCCUCCAUGUCCAUGUCAUCUUCAGUAGAAAGCUGAAGAAUCACCAGGGUCAAGCCUAUUCUUCAGUAGUCAGCACUGGAGGAGGACUCUGCUUGCUCUACAUUUGAUCCUGAUCUGUGUGUUCCCAAAUCCAGCACUUCCCAUCUGCUGCUAAAUCCAGUCUGGGAAGGUAUGGAAACAUGGUUCUUCCUUUCUCCACCCAGCAGUAAAGCAAGGGGAGGAGGUGCCCACACGUCCUGACAUUCUGUUUGGGUCAGCAUCAUAACUCUGCAGCCUAAUCAGAAAAAGGCACUCCUUGCUGUGGAGAGCUGCAGAGUUCCCAGCAGAUUGGUGUCUCAACUCUUGCCCAUGGGGAAGGAGGACACAGUUCCAUCCCUUUGCAGGGAGCAGGCAUGGGGAAAAGCAGGCAUGAGCAAGGUGAGUAAGGCAGGGAAGGAGGGUGAUUUCCCACUGCCUGCCCUGUCUGUCAGGGUGCAGGCUGGGAGCACCUCUCUUUCAAAAGAAAGCUCUGUGAACACGCCAGAAUAAAGCCUUUUAAAAACCAUUUGAAAAUGCUGGGGCCAUGACGAAGAGUAAACGGUGUGGUUUAAGAAGCCAGGAACAUGGAUAGCUGAGUGUAUGAGUCACUGGAAAGGCCUUCUGCAAAUGGGAAUGCAGCAGGUAUCAUGCUGAAAUUGCCGUGGGUGGUAGUUCACAACCUCUGAAGCACUGGCUGAGUCAAUUUAUUGUUUGCUACAUGUUGGUCUCUUCUUGAUAUCAGGCCGAAACAAUAGUUCUGCUUGCUCUGUAAAGCAAACUGUCUCUCCACUGCUUGAGCUGACAUAUUUCUGUGUGGUGUGGUUGAUCCAGGCUGCAUGCCAGGUGCACACCAAAAUCACUCUGUCACUUCUCUCUGCAGCUGGAUGGGGAGAGCAACUCUAACAAAAGGCUUGUGGGUCAAGAUCAGGACAGGACAGAGACAUCACUCAGCAGUUACCAUCAUGGGCAGAACAGACUUGACUUGAGGAAAUUAAUUUAUUAUCAAUCAAAUCAGAGCAGGAUAAUGAUAAACAAAGAAGAAAUCUUGCCCCCACCCCUCCUUUCUUCCCAUGUUAAACUUCACUCCGAGUUUUCUCUACCUCCUCUCCCUGAGUAGCACAGGAGGAUGACAAAAAGUAUUUCCAUCAAUUCAUCAGACAUUGCCUCUGCUGCUCCUUCUUCCCAGCUCUCUUCCAUUGCAGCAGCGUGGGGUUCUUCCCGUGAGUUCUCCACAAGUUUCUUCAAGAUAAAAGCUUCCCAUGGGCUUCAGCUCAAGCAUAGGUUCUUUCCACAGGGUGUAACCCUUCAGGAACAGACUGCUGCAGCUCGGGGCCCUUGUGAAACCACCUGUCCUAACAGCAAAUCUGCUCCACUGAGGGCUCUCCAUCGGUCCCAGGCUCUUUUAGGUGCAUCCACCUGCUCUGGCAUGGGGUCCACCAUGGGUUGCAGGGGGACAGCUUUCCUUACUAUGGGCUUCACCACAAGCUGCAGGGGAAUCUCUGGUUCAGAGCCUGGAGCACUUCCUCACCCUUCUCCUUCAAUGACCUUGGUAUUUGCAGUGCUGUUUCUCACAUAUUCUCACUCCUCUCUCCCAGCUACAGUUGCCGUUGCCCAGAAGAUUUUCCUUCCUGAAUAAGUUAUCCCAAAGAUGCUACCACUGUCACAUUUGAAGUAUCUGAAGUAUACCUGAAACGUUGGUGCUAGGCAAGGUACAGAAAGUACUGGAUGGUUUGUGCUGCAUCUUCCAUCCAGCUGCGUUCUGCAGCCCCUGGGAAGGUGUUGGUUGGUAGAGCGCAUCUGUGGGAGGUGUGAAGGGAGCUGGGGGUCUGUCUGCCUGCACAGGGAGAGCUCAGCUGUCUCUGCUCGUCACAGUGCUAGAGAGCAGCUUUCAGAGCUCCGCAGCGUGCUGGAGCUGCUGCAGGAGGAUCAAAUGGUGUCUGCCUCCCAGACACAGGGAGAGCAGCGUGGAGCCUCCUCCUGUCUGCCUCGUCCAUGUGGCAGCUGUCCUGGCACUUGUCAUGCCAGUGAAGUAACUGAGCCAUGCCGAGAGAGGGGAGGAAAUGCAAAGCAGUGGCCCUGAGACAAAUCUCACUCUUCCCACAGGCCCGAGCAGGUCUGAAACCCUGCCACGGAGAGGCACAGGCCCCACAGCAGUGCCUGCAUUUCAGCAGCUGCCCAUCGGAGCUAAGCACAGCCUCGGCUCAGAGCUCAGGAGCAUGUCUGCUGGGCAGUGCUGGGGGCCAGGCGUCCCUCCUGUGUGUGCAUGGCCCACAUGGCAGCACCCUGCAGUCAGAGCUGACUGUGUGCACUGGAGGUGGAGUGUUGGAGUGGGAUCAGCUCAGAGCUCUGCAAGGUUUGCACUUUGCUUUCCACUCCACUGGCCAAGCCAGCCAGAUGUGCAGCAGCAGCAGGAUGGGCACGAGGGCCCCAGCUGCUGCGGUGAAUCCGUCAGCACGGACGCUGGUGCCGCUGCAGCCUGGCCCUGCAGCCUGGCAGGGUGAUCUCCUUUGGCUCGGCUCCUGUGGGCUCCAGCUGCAGGGGUGGAUUUGCCUGCACUCAAGCUGCUGCUGCCAGAGCCCCUCCGUGUCAAUCUGUGCUGCCGUUGGGUUCUGCAGCUCUCUCCAGCAAGCACGGCAUGAGCUGAAGGAGCAGCAGGAGCAGCAUGGCCGUUCCCCAGGCAGCAGGAGGGUUCAGCCCAGCACCAGCUCAUGCGGGAGGAGCAGAUGCUGAGGAACAUCCCCCACGAGACGCAGGUGGCCAAAGAGGCUGGGUCAGGUGCCAAAAAGGAGACCUUCUUCACCUGCUUCUCCUGUGCAAGCUCUUCUGUCUGUCUGCUGAGAUGUUUCUGCCUGUUUCUCUGGCAGAGAAGUGUUUGCUUUUUGGGCUGGCGAGCUGACCAUCCGUACUACCGUCGCCUUGAAUGCCUCCAACCAGCAGUGUUUGCUGCCAGACAGACACCUGGAGAAGACAGAGGACAUGGUUAAGUUCAUGAAGGAUAUCUUGGAUGGUGCUGCUGAAGCACAGGCUGGUGAUGGACUUCUGCAACGAAGCAAGAGAGUCAUCUAUGAGGCCAAGGCUGCUGUAAUGGUAGAGUUCAUUGCUUAUUCAGUGAGGUGAUGCUCUUGUCAGUCAAGAAGGACUUAGUUGCAGAGGCUUUAGAAAUGCUUUGAUGUAAGCUUGUUGCUAUGCUGUGCCUAGUGUAUCUAUUGUCACUAUUUAGAACUAGGCUUAAACCAAAUGAACUUCUGGAUUAAAACAGCCAAUCAUGUCUGCCACA